AUGGACGUACUCUGCCUGCAGGCUCUCUCAAAACGAAUUCACUUCGGAGCCUUUGUUGCUGAGGCGAAGUUUCAGGAGAGUGAUAGCGCAGGGAGGAAGGCCCAUGACAGACGCGUCUCAAUGAUCCAUUUCACAGUUCCUCACCCCCCGUGCUCUGCGCGCUUGUGCUCCAUUCCCGACCCCUCCUCGCUCCGCGCGUGUCUGCAGGUGAUAGCACAGGAAGGAGGGCCCAUGGCGGACGCGUGGAGGGGCCUGGCCGUGCUAGUGCCAUGUCUAAUCACCCCUCCCCUCAUCCGUCAUCGCACCAUCACUCGUCUCACCUCUCCCGCACCUCUCUUCGGCCUUGCGAUUCCGCCUUGCUGUCGCCCGUGGGACUUCCUUCCCUUCUGCAGCUACCAGGGAGUCUUGGCGAACUCGUUAGAAGCCACUCCGUUUAUAGCCAAGUUGGCCCAAGAGCCGUUCACGGAGGUCCCGCUGGUGUGGGUCGUGCACGAGGCUGACGUGGCGGACAGGCUGGCAGUGUACGAGUCCAGUCAGCAUAUGCAGGGGCUGAGGCAGCAGUGGGUGGACCUAUUUGCUCGCCCUGACGCUCUCGUGUUCCCCUGCAUGGCACUCAAAGAGCGGUACCAGUCCCUGAACACUGAAAACUUUGUGGUAAUUCCCGGCUCGCCCACGUGGACGUACGCCGCGACCCGAUUCGCCGCGUCACACUCGCCAGAGUCGGAGCGGGCGGCGCGUCAGAUCCCGCCUGACACGUUCACUGUAGCAGUGGCGGGAAACCAGAGGGUGUACCAGGGAAAGUGGCGGGAACGGGCAAUGGCCAUGCAUGCUGUUCAAUCAUUGGUCCAGCCGCCUGUCAUGGGGUGCGGGUCUUUAUGGGGGUGGAUGGUUGGGGAUGCUGGGGGAAAGGGAGGAGGGCAAGGAGGAGGAGGAGGGGAAGGGAGUGGAGGAAGGGGAGGUGGGGUAGGAGGGGAAGGAGGGAUGGAGCAGAGAAGAGGCGGGAGAGGGAGAGGAGGGGAAGGGAAUCAGAAGGAGCGAGAGGGGGUGUCAGCAGUGGAACGAGCACAUGUGGUGUUUAUGGGUAACUGGAACAGCUCAGGGUCACAAUCGCAGCUGGCGGUGCUUAAGGUGGUAGCGAAGCAUCUGCUUAUAGCGAAUCUGACGUGGGGCGUGGGCGAGGCGGAGGGGGAGGAGGGGAUGGGUGUGUUGAUGGCGAGUGAUGUGGUGGUGUGGAGCUCGGUGGAGGAGGAGAGGGAGGUGAAUCCGCUGCUGGUGAAAGCGCUGGCGCUGGGGAAGGUGAUUGUGGUGCCGAAACUGAUCAAGAUCCGAGCAGAGGAGAGGGAGGUGAAUCCGCUGCUGGUGAAAGCGCUGGCGCUGGGGAAGGUGUUGGUUGCACCGAAGCUGAUCAAGAUUCGAGCAGAGGUGAGGGGUUGGGCUUGUGGGUCCCCCACUGAUCCCACUCCUCCCACUCCCCCCCAUCCUCACCCCCCCUCACAGUUGUCCAAUGGCGUGCAUGCUCUUUUCUACGACCCCGGGAAGGAAGCUUCCAUGAAACAGGCGCUCCUUAAAGCUGCGUCGCUUUCCCAGUCUGACGCGCUCGCCAUGUCAGCAUCGGGCCGCGAGCUCUCAUUGGCCCUGGGCGCGCGCAGCGUGGUUAAGGAGGUAGCGAGGCUGCUAGAACGGGUAAUGGAGGGGGGCGUGGGGAUUAGAAGCCCUCGGCCGGCGGACUGGCUGUGGUGGGAUAAGAAGCAGGCGUGGAUGUGGGGCGAGGAGGGCGGGUGGGGAUGGGGAGAGGGAGGGGGGAAGGGAGGAGACGGAGGAGUGGGAGGGAGAGGGGAAGGAGGAGGAGGGAGGGGAGAGGGAGGACAGGGGACAGGAGGCGGUGGGACGAAGAGGGGUGGGGAGGAGGAGGAAGAGGGCGAGGGAGUGGAUCUAGGUGGGAGUGUGGAGGAAGGGGAGGCUGUGGUGGUGAAGGGCGGGGAGAGUGGGGGGAUUGGAGGGAGGAAGGUGAUGCUAAGGGAAGGUGGCUAUAAGGGGCGAAGGACGGGGUUGAAGAAGGGAGGCAAGGAAAGGGAGGGCAGUAAGGAGGAAGCAGUGGGGAUGGGAGGGGAAGAGAGAGGGGACGUGACAAGGAGUGAUGGGAGGAGCGAUGGGAGUGCGAGGAGUGAGGGAGGGAGUGAGAGGAGGAAUGUGGUGCUGCAGAUGGAGGAGGAGUGGGAGGAGCUGAAGAGAAGGGAGGCGGCGUUGCUGAUGGGAGACAAAACGAGGGACAGCAUGCUCAUGGCCGAGAUGGAUGGUGCUGAGGAGGCGGUGGUGGGAGGCGGGGCAGGGGGUUUUGAGGUGCCUCAAAAGGCGCUGCUGAUGGGCGAUAAAACGAGGGAUAGCAUGCGUAUGGCUGAGAUGGAUGGGGCUGAGGAGGCUGUGGGAGGCGGGGCUGGUGGUGGGGUGACUGGUAUAGGAGGAGCAGGAGGAGCAGGAGGAGAAGGAGGUGCAGCAGGCGCAUCAGCAGGGGCAACAGCAGCAGCAGAUGGAGAGGCAGCAGCGGCUCUGAGUGGUUUUAAGUCGAGUACAGCGGUUUCAGAUGGUGCGGUUUCAGCAGCUGCUGCCACUGCUACUGUGGACGAGGAGAAGGGCAACACAGGCGCGAGGAUAGGAGUAGUAGCAGCAGCAGCAGCAGCAGUAGCAGGAGUGCCUGAUCUGAAAGCACCCGAGGAGCAACUGGAGGCUGAUAUUUUAUGGGACCGCAGGGAGCACGAGUCACUGUCAUGGGAGGAGGUGAAGGUGGGGGUGAAGCGGGCGGAGAGGAGUGGGCUGCAUGAGAGGGACGACGGUGACCUCGAGCGAUCCGGCCAGCCCAUCUGCAUCUACGAGCCGUACUCUGGGAACGGAUCCUGGCCGUUCAUUCAUGACAAGGAUACCCUGUACCGCGGGGUUAGCCUGUCUCGCUCCUCCCGCCGCCCCAACCUGUAUGACGAUGUGAACGCAUGGGCACGCCUCCCCAUGCUCGCCUCGCCCUACUACCGCGACGUGCUCUGCGACUUUGCAGCCCUGCUGGCGAUCAACUACCGCAUAGACCGAGUCCACAGGAACCCCUGGAUAGGCUUCCAGCCGUGGCGGGUCCAGGCGGAGAAUGUGGGGCUGAGCGGCGCGGCGGAAAAGGCGCUGGUUGGGACUAUAGAGGGCGGGACUGUAGCGGAUGCGGUAGUGUUCUGGGUGAGUACUGUAGACCAGGUGGAGAUUCAUAGGGAUCCGAGGAGUGCGGCGCUGGGGGAGGAUGGGGAGAAGGUGGGCGGAGGAGGAGAGGGAAGGGGAAGUGGAGGCGGAAGGGGAGGGGUAGGUGCAGGAGAGCAUGGGGGAAAGGGGGAUGGGAGAGGGGAGACAGGGGGAGGAGUGGGGAAGAUGCCUGUUGGGGGGUUGGAGGAGCGAGCAGGGGAUGACUUUUGGACGACAUGUGACAUGAUGAACCGUGGUAACUGCAGAGCUGCAUUCCUCGAAGCAAUGAGGCUGGUGUACAGCCUGCCGUCCAACUGGACAACUUUGCCGCCCAUGCCUGUGGGAGGAGGCACCUGGUCUGCCAUGCAUGCAUGGGCCAUGCCGGCACACAACUUUGUGGAGUUCAUGCUGUUUGCGCGCAUGUUCGUUGAUGCCCUGGAUGUGAGGUUCUACCAGAGACACGCGGCCCACGGCACGUGUCCUUUGGCCGAGAGCCACGCAGAGGAGCGGCACUGCUACUGCCGAUUGCUUGACCGGCUUGUGAACGUGUGGGCGUAUCACAGCCGAAAGAGAAUGCUGCUUCUGAACCCCCACACUGGCACCCUCAAAGAGCAGCACCCUGUCCCCACACGCUCCAAAUCCCGCUCCCGGCGCGCCUGGUUCCAAUGGUUCUCCCGCCCGGUACUUAAAGCCAUGGAUGAGGAACGGGCAGAAGAGACGGACGACCCCGCCCACGCGAUCAAUGGGCGGCGGUGGCUUUGGCCUCAUCUGGGGGAGGUGCAGUGGCAAGGGUCGAUCGAGCGGGAUAGAAUGUUUAGACUGUGGCAGAAGGGGCAGAAGGAGAGGAGGAAGAAGGAGAGACUGGCGCGAAUGAGAGUGAGAUAUAAGCAGGAGGCGUUGGGAGGGCCGGUUGUGAAAACAUUGGGGGAGGUUGGGGGCGUGGGGUUGGGGAGGAAUGGGAGUGCUGUGGAGGGAGGGGAGGAGGGGAAGAGAGGAAGUGGCGGCAGCGGCGGCAUUGACAAGAAGAGUAGCAGCAGCAGUAGCAGUGAUACUUCUCAGGAGGAGGGCAAAGAGGACAGUGACACAAGGUGA